AUGAAAUCGUCAUUUUACUUUUUGCUGUUCACACGCUCAUUUUCAGGCGAAAUAAAAGUUCAGACAGAUGAACAAGCGGCCAGUCUGGAAAGUCAGAAGAAGUCAUUUGUAGACUUUGAGUUGAAACUACAGUGUCUCGAGACCACAAAUUAUUCUGGAGUACUCGUCUGGAAAAUUACUGAAUUUAGAAGGAGACUUGCCGAAGCCAAACAAGGAAACAGGGCUUCCGUUUACAGUCAGCCAUUUUUUACCAGCAGAUACGGAUACAGAAUGUGUGCCAGACUGUAUCUGAAUGGAGAUGGACUAGGGGCUAACCACUAUGUGUCAUUCUUUUUUGUCAUCAUGAAAGGCGAGUACGACGACGUUUUAACAUGGCCAUUUAAGCAAAAAGUAACAUUAAAACUGUUGGGCCAUAACCCCAACAAACAAAGGGAAAUCAAGGAUGGCUUCAAACCCGAUCCUUCAAGUUCCAGUUUCCAAAAACCGACCUCGUUGAUGAAUCUCGCGACAGGAUGCCCUAGAUUUAUCAGCCAUCAAGAACUUUUAAGAGAGGAUAGCGACUUUUUGAAAGACGACACAAUAUUCUUUAAAAUUAUCGUUGAUAUAUCUGAUUUGCCGACUUAA